CCCCCCCCUCCUGAAAUCAGUGCCUGUGGAUGGAAAGAGUCUCCCACUUCUAUUUUGGGAUUUGCCUGAGUCACAAGGUAGUCUUGGCGAAUCACUCUGUUCUAUCUCUCAAUUUACUGAGGCUGCCUGGGAACUUCGACUGUCAGCCAAACAGGAAGAGGGCUCUUCUCCUAACUCCAAAAAACCUAAGUCAUAUGGAUGUGGUGAGAUUUCACAACAGAAAUAAACCACCACAAAUGUAUUUCCCACAGCGGACAAGAGAAGGAGCAAAUAUUUUACUUACCUUCCUCUGUAUAAAUCCAGGGCUAAUAAAAAAAAAAGACAUCCAAUAUAACUUAGCAAAACUACCAAUGUUUACCCAAUAUGUAUUUUUCAACGGAAGAUACUCCUUCUGUACUCCUACUAUAUAUGGAUAUCCCAAUUGGAAGCAAAAGAAUGUGACUAAAUCUGACCCUGGCAAAAUGAACACUGUUUAAAUUUUAAAAAGUCAGUGUUCAUAAACAUGUAUAAACCACAAAGGCUUUUUCUUUAUUCAAGGAUGGGUAUAGUCACUCCACUCAGACCCUCUCACUUGUGCCCCUAAUGUGGCCUUGAAUUCCCUGAUGAAACUGCUCUUUGCUUUUAGUGCUGAUAAUCCCCACCCCCAAUCCCCUCUUGGAUGCCUUUCCACAGAAUUAUUCUUCCUAUACUCACACAAAUGAAAACAGAAGAGAUGACGGGGGAAAAAAAAAUCCCCUGAGGAUGCAGCCAUGCAGGUCUCAAAUGGAUCCACUGCCUAGGCACAACCUGAACUUCUCUGCUUCUUUCUUCCCUUGGCUGAGUUCCUCUUGUCUUGGCUGCGGGUGAGUGAUCUUACAGGGCAUAGGAGACUUAGGACCCAGGGGGCGCCUUGUAGCAGAAAAACACCUCGCAGUGCUGCAGCGAGCUAGCUGGGAAGCUCCCAGUUCUAAAGAGAGGCUGUUUACCAGAACAAGCAUAACAAGGGCUGGUCUGACUGCAAGACUGAGACUAGGAGGCCAAGCUACUGCCAAAAAGGACCCCAGUUGGAUACUGGUUGUCCGAUCACCUGUACCACAGGAGGCGGCAAGGAUGCUGUUGAUCUGGGUACAAACAUUCCUCCUCAGCACCACACUCUUAACUGAAGCCUACGGAUCUGGAGGCUGCUUCUGGGACAACGGCCACCUGUACCGAGAGGACCAGCCCUCACCCGCGCCCGGCCUCCUCUGUCUCAACUGGCGGGAUGCCCUGGUCGGCUUGGCCCUGGCGACGGCCUCCGAGUCGGGCACCGACAACCACAACUACUGCAGGAACCCAGACCAGGAUCCGCGCGGGCCCUGGUGUUACGUCAGCAGCGAGGCCGGUGCCCCUGAAAAGCGACUUUGCGAGGACCUGCGUUGCCCAGCCACUUCCCAGGCAGCCCCAACCUCCGCAACAGAGCCAGAGGAGCCAUCUGAAGUUUCAGAUGACCAGGAGGUGCAGGCAUUCCCUCCUGCCAACGCCCUGCCAGCCAGGAGUGAAGCAGCCGCAGUACAGCCAGUGAUUGGGAUCAGUCAGCGGGUUCAGAUGAGCUCCAAAGAGAAAAAGGAUCUGGGAACUCUGGGCUAUGUGCUGGGCAUUACCAUGAUGGUGAUCAUCAUUGCAAUUGGAGCUGGCAUCAUUUUGGGCUAUACCUACAAGAGGGGGAAGGACUUGAAAGAGCAGCAUGAGCAGAAAGUCUGUGAGAGGGAGCUGCAGCGCAUCACCCUGCCCUUGUCUGCCUUCACUAACCCCACCUGUGAGAUUGUGGACGAGAAGACCAUCGUGGUGCACACCAACCAGACUCCUGUGGAGCUGCAAGAGGGCAGCACCCCUUUAAUGGGCCAGGCCGGCACCCCUGGGGCCUGAGCCUCUCCAGGGGGCAGAAACCCAUGCAGAUAUGUGUGCAGGACAGCCCAACUUCCUACAGCUAGGAGGAGCUACAUUUUUGUGUUGUGGUUAAGACUCUACCCCCACUGGUUUUUGUUUUAUUAUUAUUUUUUGGUGAAUCCUCAUGACAGAAGCAGGUAGCACUGUGGGCUGAGGGCAGGGCUGGGAAGAGUGCAAUCGGGGUUCCUCCUCCAUGCUUUGGAGCAGAGGAUUGUUGCCUGUGGGUGGAGACAGUGGCAUAGCUCCCACAGCGGUGCUGCUGACAAGGGCUUCCAAACAUUGUCUGUGCCCCCCCGUGGAUUCGAACCAGGGACCGACCAGGGGGGAACUCUCCCAGACUCCUCUGUGCUUUACCAUCUAUGAUGGCCUCACUCCGCCUUUCCCAUUUGUUCUUCAUGAGCUUUGAGUGGCGCACACUGUUAUUCAUAGUUAAGGUCAAGCAGGUCAGGGGGCAGCAUUGAAAAAAAUAUAUAUAUAGUUUUGUUUUUUUUUAAUAUUUGAGUGGGAACUCCCUAUUCUGAGAACCGGAAAUGAGUUUGGACAAAAGCCCGAGCUUUGGACUGAGAAAGGGAUCUAGGCUGGAGGCUGGUGGGUGUGAUCCAGCCAAGGAGGACAGCAUGUGCCUUGACAACCACGGGCCAGGCCUGGGCCCAAGGACUCUUCCUGCUUCACUAAGGAAAGGAAGGGGAGAAUUGCACUAAACAUUCCACUUAGGAAGAGGAUAGAGAAGGUUCUGCUCCUGCCUUAGGCCUCAGGGCAGAAAAUGGACCUGGGGAUGCCCUAAAUCAUCUCUCUCCUGGGGUGGACAGUGACCCUGCUCUUCAUUUUGCACUGUUAAGGGAGUAGCCAGCCAUGGGAAUGACACGGGCAUUUGUUGAGAGGCUGCUGAGAGGGGAACCCGGAAAUUAAGCUGAGAGACAAGGAAAAUAAAGCACUUCAGGGCUUGCCUGCCUGCCGUUGGGCCCUGGUUUGCAGGCAGUCCUGAGGAGCAGCCACCAUCACCAGGCCAGCACUUCCUGUGGGACUUGGGGGCUAGAGUCACAACCCUGCCAUUUGUAAAA